CAAGAUUACCUCCUACCUCCUAGGGCCACGCUCAAGAGAGAUGAUGGCCAACAAGAGUUUGACAAGAGAUGGCAGAUCUCUUGGCGCGAGGAGACCAAGGGCAGGUCCCUUAGGUAACAUAACGACUUUCUCUUCGAUCGGAACUUCGGAAGGUCCCUACUCCCUGGUAUCUCGAACCCUAUGUGCUCUUGCGGGGAAGGACGACAGACCGACAGACCAUACCAUGCGACACGUGUAGGGAAUACCUCGGACGAUUUCCUGGCCGUAUCAAUAUCCGUGUCAUCCUAAACAAGCACAAGCCAGCUACGAGGGCCAUCAGAUUCAUCGAAAGCAGGCGCAGACCCUAGGAGGUAUAGGGCAGAGUCCUUUCGUGUCACCUUUCGUGUGUCUCAGCGGCAUGAAGAAUCGCCUUCUCAGAGCAACGCCGACUUAUCCGCGUAUGGUCGUUCCUUGUUCAUCAUACACGAAGCCUGAGGAGCUGGAGCGAAUAACGAGUUUUCUAGUAACAAAAUUUCUUUUAUCAGUGCUCGAUGCACAGCCCCGCUGCCCCAGUACUCGAUUCACUAUACGCCCAACGCUAAGCCUAAUACCAAGCAUUUGA